AUGCUUGAAACACUAUCAAUCGAUAAAAUCAAUCGUGUUAUUGAAGACGUCAGAUUUUGUGAUACUUCAAGUAAACAUACGUUACAAUAUUAUCUUGAGAAUCCUCAACAAACACAAGCUCCUAAAAUGAAAAGAUAUCGAUUACAAUUCGAAGAUUUAGCCAACGAACUUAUUGAAUUUCUAUUUGAAUAUUUAGCUCCUCAUGAAUUACUUUAUUCUUUCAAAGAAUUGAAUCGACGAUUAACGUCGAUUGUUAACUUCCAACCUUUAUGUUUACCGGAUAAUCGGUACAUGAAUUUUGAUGUUUAUUAUGAUUAUUUAACUUCAAUCAUACCAAAACAUACUUCUCAAAUAGUUUAUCUUCAUUUAAGUGAACGAUAUUCACCACAUGCAGUUGAAUUCUUUCGAAAUGAAAUACCAAUUAAUAAAUUAAGUUGGUUUUCAUUGAAAGCAAUAACGAUUGAUGAUCUUCCUCUUGUUGCUGAUUUUGCUUUUGUUGUUCCAAUACUUACUGAAUUACCCAGAUUACGUUCACUUUAUUUACGUAUGAAUUGUAUUUACAGUAAUACUUAUCUCAUUGGUCUUGAACGAGCUCGUCCUCAAUUUGUUAUACAUGAAAAUUUACAUACAUUAAUAAUAAAACAAUGUUCACGAAAUUUAUUAGUUGAACUUCUCGAUCAAGGUCAUCUACCAAAGUUAUGUCGUUUACAUGUUACUUUCUAUGCAGCACAUGAUCCACAUGAUGAAAAAGUGAUUGAUCCUGAAGCAUUGAAACAAAUUUAUGUACCUGAACUUCGUUAUAUAAAAAUUGAAUUACAUGAAGGUGUUGGUUGGAUAUUUAAAUAUCUUGAAGAACUCCAACGUGCAAGUCAACUUGAAGAUUUAGUUAUUCAUGGAUUUAUGAUUUCAAAUGUUUUUGUUAGUGAUGUUCCUCGAGUUGAUGAACUUCGACGAUGGUUAUUAUUAACAAAAUUAAAACAAUUCAACUUUCAAAUGAGAAUCAAAAUGAGAUGGCUUCCUGGCUGUGAAGAAAGUCUCAAUGAUCUUCUUGAUGAUUAUAUUCAAGCAAUUGGAGAUGAAUCUUUAAAGAAGUCACGAAUCUUGAAAAUCUUUUAUCCAUCAAUGUCACUUGUCAAACAAAUGAAAAUAAAUGAAAGUAUUUCAAAAGGAGAUGAUGAAAGUAGAAGUAGUAAUUUAGUACAUAAUGAUACAGUGGAUGAAAAUUGUAAAGAAAUGGAUAUUUAUGAAAUGGAAUAUAUGCGUGAUGAAUUGAUUCAACGUACAAAAGCAGUAUCUUGUUGGCAUCAUUUGAAAAAACUAAAUCUCGAAGGUGAUCUUCCCGAUAAUGAUGGUAUCGUUGGAGAAAAUAUUCCUUAUUUAUUACAUAUUGCUCAUCGUUCACCAUAUUUUCGUGAACUUCAUAUUAAAUCAGAUGUGGAUUUUGGUCGUGUAUUAGCAUCGAAUAAUGAACUUGGUAUUUUACUUUCAUCUCAACUUGAAAUACUUUCAUUUACAGGAGAACAAGAGAAUUGUUCACUUCGUCGUUUGGUUAAUAUUGUUGAUAAACUUUUCUCACAUCCAUCAUCAUCAUCACCUUGUUUGAAACAAUUGACUUUGAAAGUUAAUGCACAUCCAAGUUCUUGGCUUACUGCUCAUAAUUUAGUUCGUGGAAUUGGUAAAAUGUUCGAUCGAUUUUCAAAACUCAAUCGUUUCAACUUACACUGUCCUAAAUUUUCAGCAUUUCAAAAACAAAAAUAUAAUUUAUCUGAAUUAGCUUCACAAUGGUCGGUUAUCUCUUCAUUUCGACAACCACGAAUGAUUCGUUCAUAUGAAUACAGACACAAACCUCAUAUGCUUGAAAUUUGGUUGUAA